AAUUGGAAAAAAAAAAAAAAGGAAAAUAUUAAACCAGGCAGACGAUCAAACAAGCAGUCUAGGUUGUUGGACCCAAAACGAGCAGUCUGUCGCGAUUUGGAUUCUCGAAUGGCUUGCGAGGCAGAGGAUCAAAACUCUAGAUUCUUCAUUGCCGUUCACGUCGGCGCGGGGUAUCACGCGCCGUCCAGUGAGAAAGCCCUAAGGUCUGCAAUGAAACGCGCUUGUCUCGCUGCUGCUUCUAUCCUUUGCAAGGGUUCUGGUAGAUGUCUAGAUGCUGUUACAGCCGCCAUUCAAGUGUUGGAGGAUGAUCCCUCGACAAAUGCUGGCCGAGGCUCUAAUUUGACGGAAGAUGGCAGUGUGGAGUGCGAUGCUAGCAUUAUGGAUGGGGAUUCUGGGGCAUUUGGAGCUGUUGGAGCAGUGCCAGGUGUCCGAAAUGCCAUCCAAAUUGCUGCCUUAUUGGCCAAGGAGCAAAUUAUUGGUUCAUCAUUGUUGGGUCGAAUACCUCCUAUGUUUUUGGUAGGUGAAGGCGCCCACAUAUGGGCAAAAUCCAAAGGCAUUGAUUUGCCAGCAUCUGUAGCAGAGGCUAAUAAGUGGCUAGUGACAGAAAGGGCAAAAGCACAGUGGAAAAAGUACAAAGCAAUGCUUGCGAAUGCCACUGCUGAGAUUGACAUUUCUGACAAGAGAAUUGGUUGUAAUUCUCAAGAGACCACAAAAACAUCGGAAUUAGGAGUUCAAGCUGGCAAUUGUCCAAAAGGUAAUACUGGUGGACAAUUAACUAUGGCAAGUUCUUUGGAAGAGGACAUUAUCAUGGACACUGUUGGAGUUAUCUGUGUUGAUACUGAAGGACAUAUAGCCUCUGGCAGCUCUAGUGGUGGUAUAGCUCUGAAGCAGGCCAGUGGGCGUGUGGGGUUAGGCGCAAUGUAUGGUUCAGGUUGUUGGGCUUCUUCAAAAGGUCCUUUUGGGGCUCCUUUCAUUGUUGGUUGCUGUGUAUCUGGUGCAGGAGAAUAUCUAAUGAAAGGAUUUGCAGCUCGAGAAUGCUGCAUUUCAUCAUCAAUUUCUCAAGCUGGUCCUGCCUCUGCUAGCAUGAAAGUUUUACGAUCUGUAAAUACAGAUAACAGUCAAAACUUUAGUGAUCGAAGUGCAGGAAUUUUACUUGUGCAAGCUGAUGCUCCUGCAGUGGCUGCAGGAAACCUGCCACAGCUGAAAGCCGUAGAGAUUGCAGCUUCAUACACUUCCUUAUCUUUUGGGAUAGGAUAUUUUGGGAGCUCAAUUGAACGACCCAAGGUGUCUAUUCUCCGAAAUAAGAACCAGCAAGGCAAAUCUGGAAUAGACCAUUUUGAAGCACGAAUUGAUCUUUCUGCCAAAUUUCUGUGACUAGAAUAAUAUGUAGCUGAAUAUUAUUAUGAAAGCUAGAGGAACGAAUUCACUUAAGGCUGAUUUCGGCAUUUUGGCGAAUGCAUGUCUUGCACGAUUGGUUUUAUACAAAGUAAAAGUUGCUCCUUUUAUGCCCCA